CUCUGAACCUUGAAGUGAAUCUAUUCCUGUUUAUCUAUCCUAAGUUUGGGUACAACAUUUGGUAUCAGAGCUUGUUGUUAACAUCUCUAAAGGACCAAACACACGUUCCUCACCUUUUCCUAAUCCUUUCUUGAUCCCAAAUACAUCACACAAAGUCCACAAAUCAGCCCAAUCAAACACCAUGUCAAAUACCACUCAAAACAUGACCCAUGAAGAACUUGUAGCUUCAAAUGUAGCCCUGCAAGCUCAAGUUGAUUAUCUAGCCAAGCAAAUAGCCCAGCUCACUAAACAAAAGCUAGCUAUGUUGCAAUCCAGUGAUGAUGAAGAAGACGCUAGCUCCAGUGCCACCACAAGAACUAAAGCUCAAGAUAAGUCCGGUUCUGAUUUCAAAGUGGAUAUUCCCAUUUUUGAAGGAAAGAAUGACCCGGAUGAGUUCCCAGAAUGGCUGGAAACAGUAGAAAGAGUAUUUGAUUUCAAAGAAGUAUCCGACGAGAAAAAGGUCAAGCUUGUAGCCUUGAAGUUUCGGAAAUAUGCAUCUACCUGGUGGUCCAACAUCAAAACCAAGAGGAGUCGAGAUGAGAAACCCCCGGUUGAUACCUGGCAAAAGAUGAAGACUCUCUUGAAGAAGAAGUUCCUACCUACUGAGUAGGUACGUGAGAAUUUUGCUAGGCUUCAAACGCUUAGAUAAGGUUCAAAAUCUGUUGAGGAUUACACCAGAGAAUUUGAAGAACUCUUGCUAAGGUGCAAUCUGCAGGAGAAUGAAGAACAAACCUUCGUAAGGUAUCUUUUUGGCUUAAAUACUCAAAUAGCCAACACGGUUGAAUUACAAGGUUUCAACACUUUUGAAGAGCUCACUAAAUUAGCUCUUAAAGUGGAAUCUCAAAU